AUACUUCGUUGAUGGCGAAUAAUCGGAAAAUUUGCAUAAUUCACAUAGCUCUCGGCAUUUUGCGCAUUUUUUUUUUUUCAUUUUAAAGCGUAAGAAAUAAUUUCACCUAAUGUAUUGAAGUGAAGUUGAAUACACCGAAGACAUAAUUAAAAAAGUUUUCCAUCAACUUGUUCGGCAUAAAUACAUUGUUUACUGCACUUUAUAUACGUACUAUCCACUUUGUGGUUUGCAUGGCACUUGAUAAUUUUCUGGUCUGAGCGUACAACACACAAUAUACAAUUUUAUUAUUCUUCUACGUUAGGAUUGCAAUUUUCCAAGUGCAGUUGUUUGUGUGACAUGACAAUUUUAUUGCAGAAUUGGUUUUUAAGUUUUACUUUAGAUAAAUGAUAAAUGUUGAUUUAAUUAACUCAACACACCGACAUGGCAGUUUGAUGUGAAUGGAAAACGUGUUUAUGAGUAUCCAAAUAUUAUGUUAGCGUUUCUUUUUCCAUUUGUUGAAAAGAAUCAUUUAUAAAUUAAUCACACCAGUGGAUUUGUGUGCAUAGGUGCGAUGACACCAGCUGAAAUUCUUUUCACAUUCUUCAAUUGGAUUUUCCGAAAUAAUUGCAUAAUCAUGAAAUUCAUUAUGUGGAUACGAUGAAUGAUGCUGUGCUUCAAUUCAAAUGAAUUCUAUGCCUUGGAUAUUUGAUACUUUAUGCGUAAUUAUUUUUGUCAUUCAAUAUUGUGUAUGGUUUAUGGAAAUGAGUAGUGCGACAACGAGAAGAGAGCAAUAAUUUAUUUUGCAAUGUCUAUGUUUCAUCGAGGCCAAUCUUGAGCUUAUUCAGAACAACUUUUCGAACGUGUGGUUUAAGUAAUAUAAUUUGAUCCUUCGACCAUUGUUUUGCCAAAAACCAGCUAAUCUCAAUCCGAAAAUGCUAUAUAGACGUCAAUUGAAUAAAAUAUGGGUUAAUACCAAAAUUCCAUUUGUUUAUUUCGAUUGAGUUUGAUUAUCACCUCCGUCCGCAUGAAUAUGUUCAAUAAAUAAAGAGAAAAAUUCUGAAAUUCAAAUUUUAUUGAAUGAAAUUAUAAGUUCAAGAAAAUUUGAAUUAACUGCGCAGUUUUGUUUACUUCACUAUCUAAUGAUGGCGAGUUAAUGUGUAGUAGGAAUCGAACGAAAAGAAAAAUGGGUGAUUAUUUGCAAAAUGUCAAAUUGUUGGUCUUUACGAAUGCUCUAAUUAUUGCUAAUGAUGAGCUAAUCGAAAGAGAAACCAACAGAACAGAAAUUAGCUCUCUGUCGUCGAACGGUAAUUCGCGUAAUAAAUUUUACAAGCGGCACAAGUUUAGUGAAUAAUAAGUAGCAAAGAAGUGAAAAUCAAUAGAAAACUGUGUACCUUACUAAUUGAGUGUUAUUAAUUACACACGCUGUUCCAACACAAUAGUUGAACUUUUGAAUGUGAAUAUGCAUGGUCGUCUCGUGCUAACGUUGUGAACAUUGUGUGAUCCAUCAAAGUGCUUGGUUGAAUUUGUAAGGUGCGGCAUUCGUCUAUAUCAUAUAAUUUUCUACGGAAAGUUCAUUGCGGCUUUGUUUAUCCUCCCCUUGAAUUUUAUUUAUUUCAUUUGCUAUUCCGACAAUUGAUCAGAAUAACCCAAUUUUCAUACGCUGUUGCUAGUUUAUAUCGUAUCAACAGAAUGACACUGAACUAUUAUCACGUGGAUGGUUUCUGCAGUGGUCAAUGGUCAUUACUUUAACCUUUCAUUAUAACUUUAGUCUGUGAAACUCAAGAUGGUUCGAACAGGGCUCUGUUCCAUUUUUACGUAUCAAUUCGACGCAUUAUUACAAUUUUUAUCAUCAAAUCUGAAAUUGAUAAACCCUCAACAAGAAUUUCUAGUUAUCUUUGAACGAAAAAUUCAAAAUAUUCAAGUGUUUGUCCAACUUUGUUUACCUCAGUACCAAUUCUAAAAUGCAUCGUUAAACUUAUAACGAAGUAAUCAUUGCAUGCAAGCAAUUGAUGAAUUCAAAAUCACAUCCAAAUUGUGUCGCUCAAAAGCAGACGUGCGUGAUAAAUUAAAACCUCUAGCUUAAAAUAGCAUUAGAAAAUAGACAGAUGCUAUGAGUUCACUUUGCUAUUUGCAACAUAGGCUUCCUGUCUAAAUUAUUAGAAAGUUUGAUAGAUCAAACUUGUUGCCAUUUGUAUUCCAGGCAUGAAUAAUGCGGUAGAAACAAAUUUAAAUCGAAAUAUUGCAAAGAGAAGAUCAUCUUGCCUACAGCAUCUAGUAGCCACAUUCAAUGGCAGAAUAAACAUACGAGUGUGCCAUUAUACUUAUAAUUGACAAAGUAUUGAGAACACAAUGAAAUAUAAACGCAGCAUAAUUUAAAAUCGCCCAUUGAGAAUUUGUUCAACACAGAAGAUUGCACUUUUCACUUUGUUCGAAAUUAAUCUGUUCUAAAGUCGAUUUGCAAUGGCAAUGGAGAAGAAGUUGCAAGGCAAUUGAUACGCUGAGAUCACCGUACACUUCUACAUGGAGUAGACAAAGACGCAUACCGUGAUGGGCAUUGUGAGCAAAAGUGGAUGAAGGAAAGCUGUGUGAUGUGAAACUUUGGUGUUCUGCGCUGCGUUGCUCGUAUCACAUUCGCUUGGAGUAUGAACAGUAUUAGUUUGAAUCUCAAACAGUAGACUCGCUUAUCACAGACCGCAUAAUUUCAGUUGAUUUUGUAUGUUCGCUGCGAACGGAUGGAUAAUUUUGCAGAGCCAACUACUGACCGUGUGUAUAUGUAUCGCUGGCGCGAAAGUCAAAUGAAAUUGUUGACAGACAACUGUUGAAUCACUUGAAAUCGCAUAGAGAGAACAUAUUCUUGGGCAUUGUACACCAUAAUAACCGCUUUAAAUCUCAGAACGACGAAGAAAUUGAUGUGUAAUUUCGGCACAAUAAAAGGGUGAAUUGAAUUUAGUGAAAUUCAUUUGUAUACUAGAACUCUGAUCAAUUUAGUUUAAAUGUUUCGAAGGCAAACGCGUGACAAAAGAACAAAGUGAACGUAAGACGAGAGAAAAGAAAACGGAAUACAUUUGAGCUUGCAGAAUUUCAAGUCGAAUGGAAAUGCGUCAUAGGCAUAUUUAUACGUCAUUAAUCAUAAACUUAAAUUGUCUCAAGUUUUUUGUGUGAUUGCACAAACAAAAUAUUUGAUAAAAAUAGAGCGCGCGCUAUUGUUCAUAUGAGUGAUUGUUUUUCUCUCUCUCUCUGUGUGUGUGUGUGUUUUCAAGUGAAAAUUGUAGCGAACGAUUGAAAUCAAGAGAUGCAACGGCUGCGUUCACAAUGGAUUAAAGUUUGUAACCCCGAAACGAGCAAAAAAGGCGCAUUAUCAACAGUGAACCGUUUUGUGAUUUGUAUUGUGUAUUUCAAUAGCGUUCAUUAUUUUUAUUGACUUCAUACAUUUUUCAAUUGUGCUGCUGUUACACGCCGAGGCGAGCUAAAUAGAGCGACAGAGAUAGAGACAGAGAGUGAGAGGCAAGCGAGCUAUUUUUCAUUAGUUCAACGGGUAUUAUUCGACAGGAGCAGCGAAAAUGUGGAACGGAAAAUGCAAUCCAGGCAAGGAGGCCCCGCCAGGCACGAUACAAAAUCAAAGCAACUUGAACAUACGAAAUGGACCAGCCAACGAUACAUCUUCCAUGCGAUCCGUUAGUUCAGAGGAUAUUUCGACGAGCGAUUUACCAACGGCGUGCUGUAGUUCAAAUGCAACGAAUCCAGCAAUAAAAAGUGGACGGCGAUUUCAAUUGCUACAGAUGAUAAUACUACCUUUUAUACCAAUACUCGCACUGAUUGUACAGACAUCGCUUUCAUUACAUUCGUUAAUCGUUUAUCAAGCAGACAGCACGGACACAGAAACACAGGUUACACUGGCAACGGGAUUGGGAAAAGUGGUAACGCAAAUUCAACUGGAGCGAUCGGAAGUGGCCUUUUUCAUAUUCACAAACGGAAGCACAUUAAGAUCAAAUUUAUCGUCUCGAUUCGCUGUAACCAAUGAAGCUUUAAAUAAUCUGCCGGAGUUUCCUGAUCUCAAUGUGCCCAUAUUUGUUGAUGACAUUUUGAAUAAACAGCCAAUGGAUGGUGUGCAAUCAAAUAAGCUGAAUCGCACGGAGUUUUUAAGACAGCUGGAGGAUUUUCGAUCGAAAAUUCAUUCGGAGGAGAGCAGUAUGGCUGAUGUCAUGCGUUGGUAUAACACAGUUAAUGCAGCCCUUCUCGACCAUUUGACCAAUCAGAUCAAGGAAACGGACAAUAGCGGCGUUUGGAGGCAUUUAGUUGGGUUCAAGAAUAUACUGCGAAGCAUUGAAUGCUAUGGUAUUGCAUCGGUGCACGGCAUCAAUUAUUUUGGUCGAGGUUUGUUGAGCUCAGACAAGUAUGUUGACUAUAUACGGCACGAUAUUUUAGGCAAAGAUCUAUUGAACACAACAAUCAACUACGUGCCAUCGGUGAAACGUGUGUACAAACGAGUGGCUGGAAUGCCCGGAUAUGGCAGUCUCCGGAAUUCGAGUGGGCUAAUCAUAAAAAAUCAGAAGCGAAUUUCGAGCGUCGAAGAGGCAAUUAGCUAUUUUGAUUUAAUGGCGAGUUAUUUGGAUGAGCUGAGAAAAAUUCAAAAUCUUGUUAGAGAAAAGAUUGGGGAUGAUGUCAACAGUAAUAUAAUAAAUGCAAAGUACCGUACAUACAUUGGAAUCGCUAUCCUUGCCGUUGUGUUGGUUGUAUCGCCAGUUAUUAUAUUUUUAGUACGCAACGCAACAAACACAAUCCAGAUCUAUGCGUGCAAUUUAUCGGAAAAGGCGAAAGAAUUAAAACGAGAAAAACGCAAAAGUGAUAUGCUCUUAUUCCAAAUGCUACCACCAUCCGUAGCAACACAAUUGAAACAAACGCAAAAAGUUCCCGCCGAAUAUUACGAUGAGGUGACGGUCUAUUUUUCAGAUAUUGUGGGUUUUACGGAAAUUGCCGCUGAAUGCACCCCACUUGAGGUGGUAAACUUUUUGAAUUCAAUUUACAAAGUCUUUGACGAACGAAUCGAGUGCUAUGAUGUGUACAAGGUGGAAACGAUAGGCGAUUCGUACAUGGUUGCUUCUGGAUUGCCAGUGAAAAAUGGAAAUAAGCAUGUAUCUGAAAUUGCAACAAUGGCACUUGAUUUGCUCGAUGCCGCCACAUAUUUUCGAAUACCCCGAAGAACAACAGAAACACUUCAAAUAAGAUGCGGUGCACACACAGGACCCGUUGUGGCUGGCAUUGUUGGCACAAAGAUGCCACGUUAUUGCUUGUUCGGAGACACUGUUAACACAGCCAGUCGCAUGGAGUCGACUGGAGAAGCUUUGAAGAUUCACAUAACGGCCGAAAUGAACGAUGAACUGACUAAUAUAGGCGGCUUCAAAACAGAACAUCGAGGACUUAUUGAUGUAAAAGGCAAAGGAUUGAUGAAUACAUAUUGGCUGACAUGUCGCGAGGGACCGAUUAAAAAGCGCGAGGAGAUAUCGUGGUUUGCUGAUGUUGAACCAGUCUUUUUAAAGAAUCUGCAAAUUCAGCACGAGAUCAAAAGUUCAAAGACAAGAAAAUCCGUUAAACUCUAAAUUCUAAAUGUUGAACGCAGCUGAAUAAAUUGUUUGGUUGUUUUUUUUUUCUAAUGAAAAUUUGUCUACGAGUGGCGUGAUAAAUGCAUGGGCCCACCGGCCUCAAUUGUUAAGCACAAAUAAAAUCGAAUAAGAAAUAGUAACCGAAGAAAAUGCGCUCGAUUUAUACAUGAAUACACAUAGAUGUCGUGGAUUUGUUAAUCGAAAUUACAAAUGUUUUAUUUUCCUUUUCUUAUGGUGACAACCAAACAUAAUAAAUAUACUCUAUGCCGGCAUAUAAUUGUCAAUAAAAUACCUUCUAGUAUGAAUAUUUCGAUGUCACACAUUCAUUGAAUGAAUUUACAUUAGAAAAACUUACAUUACUAUUUUUAUUUAAUUUAUCAUUCCAUUUGUAAUUUGUAUUUAAUCACAAUAAGGAACAAAUCUACACUCCAGAUUCUACAGUCAUAAUUUCAUAAUGUUAGCUCACAAAACCAUUGUCGAUUGAUGCGAGAAAUAUCGCCAAUGAUUUAUACCGAUUACGAUUUACGUGGAUUUUUCUUGCAACAUUUUCAAUGCCAUAAAAAGAGGGGAAAAUAGACACAUUUGCUCAAGGUUUUCAUUUGAUGAACCUUUACAUUUCAAAUAAUUCUCCAACGUAUUUUCGGUUGAGACACAAAAUGCAGGCGUCUGGAAAUCAAAAGUGAACAACGGCUUUGUCCAGCCGAGAAAAUUACAUAAGAACUUUGAAAUUGCGACGUUAAGUCUCAGAACGAUAUAAUAAGUUGUCCAAAAGUAUGAGAUUUUGAAUAGUAGUGCUUGGUCGAACCAUUUGACCCAUCGUUACUGUCUAACUACGGUCAAACUCAUAUAAAUUACGGUUUAAUGCUCUUGUGAUGAAGAGCGAUUCUAGCCCAAUUGCGUUCUGAGUUUCAUACAUAAAUGUAAACAUCUUCAUAAAUCAUUGAUAUAAUUUCUCGCUCUGUCGAGUUAACUUCGGAGAUUCGAUAGCCAAAUACACCAAUACACAUUUUCACAGACAAAUAUUGCAUGUGAUUUAACUCUUAUUUGUAUUGAACCAAAGAACUAAAUAAAAAUGUAUUGUAUCAAUAAAAGUAUACAUGAAAAAUGCCCAAAA